AUGUCUCAAAAUCCCGAGCAAAAUGCGGCGGAAAGGACCGAAAGACAACCGAUAAGAAAUGUCGGAGGAGGAGUUCCCGAUUUAGGCCAACAAGCUCUCUUAAGGGAAUUUCAACGAAUGCUUCGAACUGAACUUGAAUCCAUUAAUGAGAGACUUGAUCGAGUGGAAGGAGGACCAACACGAGAAGGAACCCCUCAAGGACCGAGACGGGGGCAAGAACGAGCAAGACCUUUUGAGAAUGAUCCCUACGAACCGAGCGAGGUGGAAAGGAAGUCCGAUCUAGAAGCUUACUUAGAAUGGGAGAGGAAAAUUGAGUUGGUCUUCGAGUGUCACAACUACUCGGAAGGCAAAAAGGUGAAAUUGGCGGCAAUCGAAUUCUCCGAUUACGCAAUGAUAUGGUGGGAUCAACUUACUACAAGUCGAAGAAGGAACGGGGAGCGGCCAAUCUCAACUUGGACCGAAAUGAAGGGCGUAAUGCGUAAGAGAUUUAUUCCUUCUUACUAUUAUCGUGAACUUUAUCAAAAAUUGCAGAAUCUUACGCAAGGAAAUCAAAGUGUGGAGGACUAUUUUAAAGAAAUGGAGAUUGUCAUGAUUCGUGCGAAUGUGGAUGAAGAUCGUGAAGCAACCAUGGCCCGAUUUUUAGCUGGUCUUAAUCGAGACAUAGCUAACGUGGUGGAACUUCAACACUACGUCGAAGUUGUUGAUAUGGUGCAUGUUGCCAUCAAAGUCGAAAAACAAUUGAAGAGAAAAGGAACUAGUCGAACCUUUCCUAGCACCAACAAUUCUCAAAAAUGGAACCAAGGCACGGGCAAAGAAGAUCUAUCAAAUCGCGCGAAAGACCAAGUGGUGCCAGCAAAGUCUACCAAGCCCUUUGGCGAAACUAGUAAAGGCAAAGAAGUAGCUUUUCCAAACCGAUCAAGGGAUAUCAAAUGUUUCAAAUGUUUAGGGAGGGGGCACAUUGCUAGCCAAUGCCCUAAUCAGAGCAAUAUGUUUGUGAGAUCCAAUGGUGACAUUGAAUCAGAAGGAGAAGAAGAAAAAAAUGAUGAGGCUAAUGUUCUUAUCGAUGAAGAUGAAGAGAUAGAAUACGCGGUGGAAGGAGAGAUGCUCGUUGUUAAAAGGAGCUUAAGUGCACAAAGCACCGGGAGUGAACCGCAACGUGAAAACUUGUUUCAUUCUCGUUGUCACAUUCAAGGUAAAGUUUGCAGUUUGGUGAUUAAUGGAGGUAAUUGUACAAAUGUGGCAAGCACAUUCAUGGUAGAAAAACUUGCUUUACUGACCACCAAACACCCGAGGCCAUACAAGCUGCAAUGGCUUAAUGAAGGUGUCGAGUUAAAGAUUCGGCAGAUUGGAGUAUUCUUUGGGGUUCAAUUACAUGUUCUUGAUUCCCCAAGAACCUUUAUUAGCACUUAUUCCUAUUCUCAAUUUGAUUCUUUGUUGGUUUGA